GUCAAACUCCCACGACUAAUUCUCUGUACCGGACAACCAACUUGAACCUGCAGCAAUGUCACGCAGUAAUGGUAGACCAGAGCCAGAAGUCAUCAUGAACUUCAGUGAUGGUUACUCUUACUCUAAGGGCAAACUCGACUCCGCGUGUUUUGCGAUACUGGAGAACGGACCAGUAAAGCCUGUGAAAGACUCAAAGCCCGCUCCAAAAAAAGAAGAUAUCGAUCUUAUUGUGAAUGAAUUCGAAAUUUCUCGAGCACGAGCCGAAAUAGCCCUCUCGGAGAACGACAGGGACGUCGUAAAGACUAUGUAUGCGCUCAUCAAUCUUCAUUGAUGAUCACAGCGCUUUUUGGCAGAGGUUAAGGACUCAAACGAUGUACAUUAUCGUGACCACAUAUCCACAAAAUGCGAUUUUUGUUUACUCAUUAUCUACUUCAUGGAGCUUGAUGGACAGUCAAGGAUUCAACAAGCUUUCAAUCAGAUGUUCCGCAAUAUUGAGGAUAUUCAUUUUUGUCUUGAGUGCGCUGCAUCACCUUCCUUACUGCUGAUCAUGAAGUUAUCUACAGUCAACCGAUUCUGAAUGGAUAUUGAUGGUGUUCGUGCCUUCGAGUAUAUCCGAG